AAGCGGAUCAGCUGUUGGAACUCGGCGAGAGGAACAGGAUGGCUCAAUCGGACACUGGCGGAGUGAAGGCUUUCCCCAUUGAGGGACCCUUCAAGAAUGAAAGGACACGUAUAGCAGGCAUGACAGAUGCUGAUAGGGCUUAUCGCAAACAGUGGUUAAAAGAUCAGAUUCUGUCCCCGAAUGAACCACGCGCAGUGCCAGGGUUUUAUGAAGCUCGUUACAACCCCAUUCGUCGCUUCUACAGGUGGCCUUUGGACACUCUCUUCAAGCCUCUAGUUUCUGUAAUGGGUCUUGAGCGAGCUGCAAAAUACCGUUGGUUUACUGGCAAGUUUGCAAUGGCAGGUGGUGCUGCAUUACUUACCUACUACUACUUCAAGUAUAAUGCAAAUGACUGGACCCGCAAAGGAGGUUGGCGAGUCCUGGAAGCACGUCAGAUUAUCACCCCAAGUGACCCAAGAUACCCUGUGGUCUCAGACAGAAAGGAAGGAUCCGAUUAUGCUGCAAGAGGCUUCAAGUCUAGCCCUAUUUAAACCUUUUUCAACAAUAUUUUAAAGGUAGAACGUUUGCAGAUUGCAAAUCUGUACGUAGAUUGCAGGUGGAAACAUCAUAAGGUUAAUAUUACAUCACCUGAAGUGACAAAACUGAUAUUUUACAUUUCAGACUAGAUAUUGAAAAAAAAUAUUUAUAGCAAGGAAUGAAAAUCUGCCCACUUAAAACAUUCAUAAGUUCCCUUUAGAGAAUCUGAAAGAGAAUAAUAAUGGCUGGAAUGAAUUUCAUUAACCAUUCAUUAUGUUUGGGUGUUUCAUUCCCUUGGCUCUGUGUAAAUAAUGAGAAUAUGUUCAUAAUGUGUAAUAAAUAAUUUUGAAUUUA